AUGCAACACGAUUUUACAUUGAGUACUCGAAAAAUAAGAUUUUUUCCAGAAGAAGAAGAAGAGGGCCCAGUUAUUCAUGUUCAUCGUAUCCUAUACAGAACUGUAGCAGCCUUCUUCUUCAUAGUUGCAAAUCUUUCCAUUGCAGAUUCCGCCGUAGAUACGACUUCAAAACAAAAAGUUAAGUCAACUAGUGGUACAGUGAAAUCUGUAGAUUCAUAUCAAAUCGAUCAAAAGUUGAAUGAGAAUGGAGUGGGUCAUUACGGGCAAGUACUACAAGAAACUGAUAUCGGAGCUGGAUGUGCAACCGAAAUAACCAGUAACAUCGGCAGUAAACAAAAUGAAACUCAUCUAACUGAGUUUGAUGCGUCAUUUACAAAUAAUUUAGGGAUUACUCAUUCCUCAACCAAUGAAAAAUUCGCUGCAAGUAUGUUAGAAGAAAAUAAUGAGCAAAUCAACUUGCCUCGGGAAUUAAAUCACAGUAAUAACCAGAUAGUAACCACUCAUCGAAAUAAUUUCGAUGAAUAUGAAACAAAAAAAAGAGAAAAAACAAUUAUUGGAACAAACGCAAAUGGUACAGAAAUUAUCAGUGGUUUGUGCAUUAUUGUCAGCUCUUCAGAUACACCGAUGGACUUGGAGAAUGGCCCAUCAAAUACGAUUUAUUCAACAGAUGACAUAAAGAUUAGCGAACCGUUGAUGCAAAUGAUUGAUCGAAUUAAUAUGAAUGGAGAAAGCAUUGUUUUAGGUAUUUCAGGUGGAUUCCGGAACUUGCGAAUUUCAAGAGAAACAAAUUCGAAUUUAGUGAUUUCAUCGGUGGAUUCAGAGAAACAAGCAGUGAUUUCCGGUAUUACAACGUUAUAUGGCGAGUAUUGUCGUUCAUCGAAUAUCUAUCCAACAUAUAAAAAUUUAUUCAAGAUGAAUGAGGAAAAAGUCUCGGAUUUAGCUGCAGUGAAUAUUAUUUUGCCAAGUGAAACCAUUUUAUCUCCUCAUAUAAAUUCUGAGUUAUCGUCGCAAAUAGUACCAAAUUUACGCAGAAAAACAAGUCCAACAGCAAUCAUCGCUGGCGUAAAACCAGAAAAUAACGAAAUCAUAUCCGGUAUAAUUGAUUCAAAGCCUCCAAUUAUGGAUGAAAAAGAAACAUUUUCUAGUGACAUUGCACCAAUUCAGGUUGAUGUUCCAGUGAGAAGCGAUUCAGUUUGA